GAGCAGACUGGACUGUAGACUUAACAGGACAUCCCAGAGUCCUACAGUGUGUUCUCCUUUGCUCUGUUUCCUGAUUAUGAGAGAGCAAACCUUAUCCAGGUUCAAAUCACAGACGGGACUCCUACCAGGUAUGCUGAAGCGUACUAAAUACAGUCGGCUGCGCAACGAUUCUCCAACAUCUCUGGAGGAGAACCCCCAGAGAAUGUUGCCCCUGAAGCAGGACCUUUGCUUAGACUCUGAAUUCAGUCAGCUGGGACCUGGGAUAACUACACACCACGGACCAUCCACCCUGAGGGAUUUCAUCCCCCGCAUGGCCAACAUCCGACUGCAAAGCCCUAUUUCCCGGCAAGGCCUAAAAGGACAGACAGACACAGCCAGAGGCAGAAGCAUCAGUGCCCCUACUGACAAACCCUUGUCCAGAACAGAGUGGGGUUCAGGAAGUAAUGAGAGAUUUUGCACUCACCCUUCCCUCAACGCUCCCCUAUCCACAGGCCAAAAUCUAAUUCACCCUGCUUUGCUCUGCACAAAAAGACCUAUCACCCUACAUCGGAUGGCAAGCCUUCCUUGGACCCCUGGAUAUCCUCCCUGCUCACAUCACAGAGGGGGUCUGUGCUGUGUGAAGAUUUCCUCUGCAAAAGGUGAUCGUACAGUGGUGGGGACAGGAAGCAGUGCAGUUCACCAUCACAUCAAGUACAUGGGUAGUGUGGAAGUGACCCAGUCCAUGAGAACCCUUGACUUUGAUACAAGAAUGCAAGUUACACGAGAGGCAAUCAGCAGACUUUGUGCGAGGACAUUGCUCAAAACAGCAGUGAAAACUAAAAGGCCUGUUUGCAAGGGACUGUCUUCUGUUCUGGGUCAAACCAACCUGCAGUUUUCUGGAAGCAGGAUCAUCCUCACUGUCUCCACCGACAGUAUGACUCUAAUCGCUGCCUCCUCCUUACAGAAGAUUGCCCACCACCCCAUGCAGACCAUUUCAUUUGCCUCCGGUGGAGAUUCAGACAUGGCAGAUUACAUUGCUUAUGUAGCUAAAGACCUUGCCAAUGACAGAGCCUGUCACAUCCUGGAGUGUCCCGAGGGUCAAGCCACUGAGGUUAUCAACAGCAUCGGUCAGGCCUUUGAGACGCGCUUCCGCCACCUUCUCAGCCAGACACCAUCGGUCCUGUCCACCAGUUCCAGACCGGCACUGAGAAUCUGUCACAAAUGGUGCCCAGAAGAGAUAAUAAUAAACCAAAAGGCAAAGCGGGAAGGAGAAUUCAGUGAACACCGUGACUACUACAACGUGACCCCAGGAGACCCAGGUGGAAUAAAAGACUUUCAGGUCACAGAAGAGGAGAGCAAAGAAGAUGCUAACAUUAACAGGGUCUGUUUCUCUCGGCCUGUUUCCCUGUAUGAGAACUGCUCCAUCACAGAUGAGACUCCAGCUCCACCUGCAGAUUUAGAGCAGUCUGAGGUCAAUAGUGAACAACGCUCUCUGCUCACUGAGACGCGGGUCCAGAAGCUGAUCCAGGAAGAAGGAUGGUUCCACGGCAGGUUAGGAAGAGAGCAGGCGGAGUCGCUUCUCACCUGUAGUGGAGAUUUCCUGGUCAGAGAGAGCAGCUCUGCGGCUGGUCAGUAUGUACUCAGCGGUAUGGAGGGAGCUACUGUGCGACACCUACUGCUGGUUGAUCCACAUGGACAGGUGCGGACCCGUGAUCAGGUGUUUCUGAGUGUUGGCCACCUGGUGCGAUUCCACAUGGAGAAUCAGAUGCCCAUUGUUUCUGGAAGCAGCGAGCUGUGCCUGAAACAGCCGAUCCUGCAAACACACAAACAUUCACAGACUGCCAGAUGCAUGGUCUUGAAUUAGCAGUGGUUUUUGAGAUGAAACACAGAGAGGCCUAGAAACAACAAAAAGAAGAAGACGAACUUUUAAACCUUUAAACACUUUCAGCUGCCUCAAGAGAAGAGCACCCCUGGACAUCAUUUCCAGUGAGCUGUGAUCAUUUUUCCAAACUGUUGGGACAAUUUUACAUUAUUUGCCCAUUAUAUUAUUUACUGUGUGUUUUGUUUUUUGUUUGAGUAAACUCUCAAGUCACUGCUUGUGCCUGUAUUGAGAACAGCCUUUGGCCUGCAGAACAUCCUGUCUCGCUCUCAGGCAGUUUGCUAUUAUUUACUCAGUGUCUCAACACAGUCUCUGGUGUUGGCAGGAAAUAACCAGAAUGUUGGCAGGCUUUCCAAAUCCUUUUCUACAUGCUAUAUUUGUCUCGUGUUCAUUAGUUUUGAUUUUCUUUUGUUUUUGUUCCCACUUUCCAUGAUUAACUUGAGAAAAAUAACUUUUCAUCCCACUUGUUUGUUGCAUACUGAAUACGAAACUGCAGUGGUCUUUGUAUCUAGAAGCCCCAUCUAGGUCCACAUUACAUGUGGUUAAACACAUCUUUGGGUCUUUUACAGAAGUGAUUAAAUCGGAUUUUGUCGGUGAUUUAUUUGUCGUUAAACCUCUAACCACAAAAACAGAACUUUGUUUUGAAAUCGUGUUGCAGUCCAUCCAAGGAUUCCAGUCAAUUCACGCCACAACAAAAAGGUAUCAAACUAAUGGAAUUAGCUUAGAGUGACUGGGGAUUGUACCACAAAAUAAACAGUUCCUCACAACAUUGCCCACAUUGUUAUUCAAUUUAGAAAAGCUAAAAGCAUUCAGAUGUCAUUGUAUUCACAAUAACAUUUAACUGAAUAACUUGGUUGUAUGGAAAAUUUCUUUUUUUUCCCAUAUACUACAAAAACCUUAGAUACCCUGCAUAGUUAUGUGUUGUUAUACACAUACAGUCACCAGCCCCUUCAUCAUGAAUGUAGACAUUGCCAGGAUGACGAUGACGUUCAAACUGAGGAUCAGAAUGGGAAAGAAAGAUGAUUUUAAGUAACUUUGAAUGUGGCAUGGUUAUUUUCGCCAGAUGGGCUGGUCUUAUUAUUUCAGAAACUGCUGACUCACCGAGAUUCUAGUUCUCAUGUCAGAGGUCAGAGGAGAAUGGCCAGACGCGCCAUGUCACAAAACUCAAAUCAUCUCAACUUGGUUUCUUGAACAUGACAGUGAGUUCACUCUACUCAAAUGGCCUCAACAGGAACCAGAUGUGAAUCCAAUAGAACACCGUUGGGAUGUAGUGGAACGGGAGAUUCACAUUGUGGAUAUGCAGGUGACAAAUCGUCACAUCCACAUGUACAUAUAGUGAUUUUGAAUCAUAUUUGCGUGCCAUCCUAUCAGGUCAAUACGGGUCAAACUCCCUGAGGAAUGUUUCCAGCACCGUGUUGAAUCUGUGCUAUGAAGAAUUAAAGCAGUUUUGAAGGUAAAUGAAGGUUCAAGCCAGCAAGGUGUAAUUAAUUAAAUGUCCAGUGAGUAUAUAUGUGGAUAUAUUUUUUUCAGUCUUCAGCACAAACAUUAUUUAACUGCCACUCCAGCUCCACUACUUCCACUAUGUGUUGUACAGUUACUUUAAGUGCUUAGAACAUGAAGCAAAAAAAUACCUAUAAUUUGUAAGAUGUAGUUAUUACACAUCACAAAUUUGCAUUUAAGAGACCUUCUUUCUUCAUCAAGCACAUGGCAAAUGCACUUUAGUUUGUUACACACUCAAAUGAUAGAUAUAUACACUAUACAUUAAUAAAACUGACAUUGACUAACAAAGGGACUCUUUUGA